GCCCGGUGUCAACUUCCGCUUCCGUCCGCCUCGUUGCCGGCAGCCGCCACCGGGCCCGGGAAAAGCGCGCGCGCGACCGUUGGGCACUUCCGCUUCCGACGCGAACCGCGGCGCCUCCCCACGGCCCCUCGGAUGCUGCCGCGGAGCCCAUGAGGAUGGAGGCCCGGGAGGCCCGCCCCGGCUCCGCCUUCGAGGCCUUCCCCCUGCCCGCGCGGGACAGCAAGUUUUUACCCAACAAGAUCAGCGGUUUCGCUUGUCCUGCUGGAAACGCUUCCUGUGCUCUCAACUACAGCCCAGAAGUCCCCGGCCCCGAGAGCUACCGGGCGCCGGGGGAGCCUCGAGCCUUCGGCUCCAGCGCCAACGGGCAGUGGCGGGGCCUGGCCCCUGCUCUGGGCUCGGUGCCGCAGAAGCCGAGGGUGAGCCGAGGCUCUUACCUUGAUGCUCGCAAAAACCCCAGUGGGACGUCCAACAGCUUUGUAGGAAAAUCAAACCACCACUGCCAUGCCUCAGCUUUUCCCAUCAAACCCGCGCAGAGCCCCUCGUGGAGCGGCCCGUGCCGCCGCAGCCUGCUCAGCCCCAAGAAAACCCCCCGGCGGUUCAUCAGCACGGCUGAGGAGACUGUUCGAGAGGAGGAGCGGGAGAUCUACAGGCAGUUGCUUCAGAUGGUCACAGGAAAACAGUUUUCCACGUCCAAGCCCUCUUCGCUGUUCCCCUUCCAUCUGUCCAGGUGUUCAAAUUCCAGCAAACCUGUAGUGAAAGAAGCCCCCAGCCCGAACUCGAAGCUCUUUGAAGCUCCCAGUGUUGCACCAGCCAGUUCAGCGACCAGCGUCCUCAGAGCACCGGAGCAGCCGUCCCACAAACCAUCGCUCUACUCUGCCCCCAGCUACUCCUCCAGCAUCUUUGAGUCCAGUAACUCCCGAGCCCAGCAGCAGCAAGAGAACCUACCAGCAUCUAACACACAGUCUGAAGGGUCAGACUCUGUCAUUUUGCUCAAAGUAAAGGAUUCCAGAACCCCAGCACCAAGCCUCCCGUUCUUCCAGGCAGAACUAUGGAUCAAAGAACUGACCAGCGUCUACGACUCGCGAGCUCGGGAGAGGUGGCGGCAAAUAGAAGAGCAGAAAGCACUGGCCUUGCAGCUGCAGAGCCAGCGGUUGCAGGAACAGGAACACUCUGUGCAGGAUCUGGUGGAUUUAAAUCUUCGAGUCCCCUUGGAGAAGGAAAUCCCGGUCACGGUGGUCCCAGAAGAGAAGGAAGAUGCCAAGUCAGCUGAUGGUGAAGAGGAGUUCCCUGAAAUCACCGAGGAAAUGGAAAAGGAAAUCAAGAGCGUGUUCCGAGGUGGGAACCAGGACGAGGUCCUCAGUGAAGCUUUUCGGUUAACAAUCACUCGGAAAGACAUCCAGACCCUCAAUAACCUGAACUGGCUCAACGACGAGAUAAUCAAUUUCUACAUGAACCUGCUGAUGGAGAGGAGCAAAGAGAAGGGGCUGCCGGCGGUUCACGCCUUCAAUACUUUCUUCUUCACCAAGUUAAAAACAGCGGGGUACCAGGCUGUGAAACGGUGGACUAAAAAAGUGGAUAUCUUCUCGGUGGAUCUCCUCCUGGUGCCCAUCCAUCUGGGGGUGCACUGGUGCCUAGCAGUUGUAGACUUCAGGAAGAAAACCAUCACCUACUACGACUCCAUGGGUGGAAUAAACAGCGAAGCCUGCAGGAUCCUGUUGCAAUACUUAAAACAGGAAAGUCUUGACAAGAAAAGGAAGGAGUUUGACACCAAUGGCUGGUCGUUGCUGAGCAAGAAGAGCCAGGAGAUCCCGCAGCAGAUGAACGGCAGCGACUGCGGGAUGUUUGCCUGCAAAUACGCCGACUGCAUUACCAAAGACAAGCCCAUCAACUUCACCCAGCAACACAUGCCGUACUUCCGCAAGCGCAUGGCCUGGGAGAUCCUCCACCGCAAGCUCCUCUGAUGCCCGGGAGCCCGAAGCCGCUUCCCUGCGAGGUUCUCUCCAAGUGCCCAGCUCUGCCCUGAGCGUGGACCUGCCCUUGGGGCUUCAAAGACACCACGAGUGAACUCUGCAUCCUGCUUUUGAUGAGGCACCAGUCACGGACCAACACAAGUGUUCAGAAGCACACUUGCUUUUUCCCUUUUCUGUUUUGGGUUUUGUAUUUCCAGACCUAUUUUUUACGAGCAAUUUCAGGUGCUGAGACUUGUGGGGGCCAGCUUCAAACAUCCAAGGAGCUUUUCAUCUUUCCCUUUGGCAGCUCUUGCUGCCAGCUUUGAGCCCAUGGUGUGACUUUGGCUGGAUUUCAGGGGAGGGGAAGGCACUCGGGUGGCUCUGGGCUCUCUGUGCGCUGGGGGAGCACGGAAUUGGGUGGGCAAAAGCCUGUUUGAGGGUGGAUGUGGAGGGAUUUGCUUGUGGAGGGACGUGUUUGAUGCAUCCUCUCCUCCUCUGUCACCUCCCCUCCAUCCUCAAAGCCAGGGUUUUCUCACCCAUCACCAACUCUGCCCCUUAGCACCCAUCUGAAGAUGAUAACCUGGUACCUGCGGUGCUUGGGACCUGGUGGUGGGUUCUGGAGAGCUGGGGCAGGUCAAGCAUCCCUCGAGGGCAGGAGUCGGGGGAUCUUUGAAAGCAACUUGUUAAAAGCAGCUUUUGCAGAAGGUGUUUUUCUUCCUGAGGAAUUGAUCUCCCAGUUCUGGAAGCCUCAAAACUGUUUACGGAUAUUCAGGUACAAAACUAGAGCCGUUCACUUGGCUUCGUGUGUAUUGCCAAACGUUCUGCUUCUUCCUGGAGCGACAGAACAAAGUCUGAGUGUGCUGGGUUUGGGCUUCUUGGGUUUGCUUCUUCCCUGCCUUUGCCUCCUCGCAGGAGCUGGGGCUGCAGCCUCUGGCACCUCUGGCCUGGUGCGAGGGCCCCGGUGGAGCGGGAUGAAUCGCUCCUCUUUCUCUCCGUGAUAUUUUGCACAUGUUUUGCCUGGGGCUCGAGGCUGGCGCGAGGUCAGAGGUUGCAUUUGAAGGCAAAGCCCCGCAGAGUUGAGUUGGGAAGCGCUUCCAAAGGUGUCUCCGAGCCCACCCAGCACCCGCCUCCCGGGAGCCACGAGCACGAGCUGGGGGGGAUGAAGUAAAACACUCGGAAGUGCUUAAACCCUUCCAAAAACUGGGAUUUUGGGGGCAGCUCCCCCUGCUUCUGCCCAUCCUGCCCUGCGCCCCUGGCUCCUCCAGGCCUCCCGGGCUGGGCUCGUGCUUCAACUGGUUUAAUUUAUUGUCCAGUGCGAUGUGGGAGGAAGCGGCGCGUGUUGGAGCAGCUUCCUCAGCCGCUGAACCUGCUGCUCCCCUCCGCUGUACAGACCCCUCCUUGAGUGGAAGGAAGGAAUGAAACCAUGUCCUACUUUUGUACUUUUGUCUCCAGAGAGGGAGGGAUAUUUUAUACACUUUUCUCUACCUGUAACAGUAGUUUUGUACAAAACCUCUCCCUUUCCCCCCCCCAUUGCUCCUGCCAGGUUGUGUUCUUUGUAGGCUGGAUUCUCCCCUUCCCUCUCCCUUCUGUGUGUUUUAUACCAAGUUCUUUUUCUAUCUUUGACUGCAAGUAAAGAUCUGAAGCAAAAAAGCA